CUGCAACUCGACAUCGAAGCUCCAACCCGCAAGACCCAAGGUCAAAAGCCGGAACAGGCUGCCACCGCCAGGAUGGGCCGAAUCCCGACGGCCGAGCUCUGCAGAUACCUGCUGUCGGGCCAGCUCAGUCGGCGGGGUUGCGUGCAUCUGCGUCGUCCGAUUGCCGCGACCGCGGCGUGGCACCCGACGACUCGGCCUCUGCAGCCAUCGCGGCCAUCGCGAGCCCGGCCCGUGACGACUCGAAGCUUCGCGAGCCAGGCACACAACGCCGGCGCCAACGCCGACACGCUCGACACGGCAACGUCGUCAUCUCUCACGCCUCCCCGUGCCCCUGUGCCGCCCGUCGUGGCGCUCCGCAAGCAGCUGAAGGAACAGAAGAAGAAGAAGAAGAAAAAGAACGUGGACAACCAGACGGUGCCCGGCUGGGAGCUGACGGUGGGCAUCGAGAUCCACGCGCAGCUCAACACGGCCCGCAAGCUCUUCUCGCCCGCCGCCGCCUCGUUCAACGACCCGCCCAACAGCCAUGUCGCGCUCUUCGACGCCGCCGUGCCCGGGUCGCAGCCGCUCUUCCAGCCCGAGACCGUGAUCCCCGCCGUGCGCGCCGCCCUGGCCCUCGGCUGCGCCAUACAGCCCGUCAGCCGCUUCGACCGCAAGCACUACUUCCAUUGGGACCAGCCGGCCGGCUACCAGAUCACCCAGUACUACCACCCCUUCGCCCGCGACGGCCGCAUCGUGCUGUACGCGCGCGACGGCAUCGCCCCCGAGGACGGCGACCGCGUCGAGAUCGGCAUCCGCCAGGUCCAGCUGGAGCAGGACACGGCCAAGACGACCGCCCACCCGGGCGGCGUGCACUGGCUCGACCUCAACCGCGUCGGCCUGCCGCUCAUCGAGAUCAUCACUCUGCCGCAGAUCCGCCACCCGGCCACUGCCGCCGCCCUCGUGCGCAAGGUGCAGACGCUGCUCGCCGCCGUCGACGCCUGCGUCUACGGCAUGGAGGCCGGCGGCCUGCGCGCCGACGUCAACGUCUCGGUGCGCCGCGCCGAGGACGCCCACGCGCCCGCCGGCCCGCUCGGCACCCGCACCGAGAUCAAGAACCUGAGCAGCUUCAAGGCCGUCGAGGACGCCAUCAUCGCCGAGCGCGAUCGCCAGAUUGCCGUGCUGGAGGCCGGCGGCGUCGUGCAGGGCGAGACCCGCGGCUGGUCGCUCGGCAGCACCGAGACCCGUCGUUUGCGCGCCAAGGAGGGCGAGGUCGACUAUCGGUACAUGCCCGACCCGGACCUGGGUCCCCUCGUGAUCGGAGACGACCUCGUGGCCCACCUGGCUUCGUCGCUGGGCGUGCUGCCGGACACCGAGAUCGACGAGUUGGUCGAGAGGCGCGGCCUGAGCUCCAAGGACGCGCUCUCGCUCACGACGCUCGACAACGGAGCGCGCAUUCAGUACUUUUACAACGUCCUGGGCGCCCUGGAAGAGCGCCUAGGGCUCGGCGGCGGCGACGCUGACGGUGACCAGCGGCAUGCCCUGCUCGCCGCCAACUGGUGUCUCCACGAGCUGGGGAAGCUCACCGAGCUGCCCUCGGAGCUCGGCAUGACCCGCGACGGCGAGUGCCGGGUGCCAUCUGCGGACCUUGCUGCCAUCCUGAGCCACCUCCACCGCCGGGAGAUCACAGCCAGGGUCGCCAAGGAGCUGCUGUGGUGCGUCUUCCGCGGGGAAAUCGCCACCGGCGGCGUCACGCAGGCGAUCGACGAGCACGGCCUGUGGUUCAAGGAGCUCUCCGAGGCCGAGUACGCCGAGAUUGCCGACCUGGUCGCCGAGGGGGAGACCAAGGUCCUGGGCGAGUUCCUGCGCUUCAAACAGGGCAAGGCCAAGGCCUACCCGCACGGCAAGCUCAUGUUCCUCGUCGGCAAGAUGAUGCGCGCUGGCCCGGAGGAGCGGAUGGACCCCGCUGCGGCCGAGAGGAUCAUGCGGGCCAGGAUCGAGGACGUUUACCUGCCGGCGAUGGAGGCGGGCGUGUAGGUUGCACGCGCGAUGCCCCCGAGUCUGGGCGCCUCCCAGUACUGUUAGAAUAAACCACGCUUUGAUUGGUACGGCCCGCGCAUUCUUUGCCACGUUGCUUCGUGAUCCUUCGAUGUCGGCCCUUGCUUGCUGUCAUAGAUGCCUUCGCAUUCCUUGCGGGAGCUGAAAGACAAGCGCUCGUUCACUCCAUCCAACUACGCCAAUAUCACUCUCUCCUAUAUGUUCCGUCACAGCCGUUGAAAACAACCAUCCAACACGCCCUGUCCCACACCC